AUGGCUCGCUGUGCUGUGUGCGAGAAGGAGUCAUCUCGUUACCGCUGUCGACUCUGUGGUGUCGCCUACUGCUGCUCCGCGUGCUACAAGGCCCAUCGAGACUCAGAACCGCCUCAACACUCUGAGAAGUUACUACCAUCGACGGUGGAAAAUGCGAGAGAGAAAGAAUUAGGGACAUCUGCGAAGGAGGAGGAGUCGAAGGAACUGCAGACUCAUAGCAGCGACAAGCAAAACACAUCUGUGGCGUGCCACGAGGCGCACUCAAAGCGAGAACGUGAGAGUGAAGUGAGUUUCAUUGAGGGUGAGAGAGACGCGGAUGGUGAGCUAGUAGUUCUUGGCGAGGCACACCUGUCGGAGUUGGCGCACAAUACAAACAUUCGAAACAAGCUGCGGAGCAGUGAGCUGCAACGGCUGCUGCGAGUCAUUGACUCAAGCCGUUCACGGAUUGAUGCGUUGGAGGCAGCCAUGGCGAAUAACCCAGAGUUUAAGGAAUUCUGCGACAAUGUCUUGGGCGUGGUGAAUGCCGCAGAGAUGCGUCUAAGACCGUGGGUUAAGUAA